UGGCGAUCAGACUUUGUCCAAUGUUUCUCUGCUGUGUCACUUGCUAGCCAGAGGUCUGGCUCUUGUGGUCAUCCCAGUAGUCACUUACCUCUCUUUCUUCUACAUCCACUUGGCUUUGCUGUACCGUUCUGGGCCACAUGAUCAGAUCAUGAGCAGCACUUUCCAAGCAAGUUUGGAGGGUGGACUUGCUCGUAUCACUCAAGGCCAGCCACUGGAGGUGGCCUAUGGCUCCCAGAUAACCUUGCGGAACAUCUUGGGCAAGCCCAUGCCUUGCUGGCUGCAUUCUCACAAGAACACAUACCCCAUCAGGUAUGAAAAUGGCCGUGGAAGCUCCCAUCAGCAGCAGGUGACUUGCUACCCUUUCAAAGAUGUGAAUAACUGGUGGAUUGUGAAGGACCCUGGGAUGCAGCAGCUGGUGGUGAGC